AUGAACUUCAAUACACCUCAACAAAACAAAACGCCCUUUUCGUUCGGGACUGCCAACAAUAACUCUAACACCACCAAUCAGAAUUCCUCUACUGGUGCGGGCGCCUUCGGAACAGGUCAAUCAACAUUUGGUUUCAACAAUUCUGCGCCAAAUAACACGAACAAUGCAAACUCUUCAAUCACACCUGCAUUUGGUAGCAAUAACACUGGUAAUACUGCAUUCGGUAACAGUAACCCCACAAGUAACGUUUUUGGCAGCAACAAUUCUACGACUAAUACAUUUGGUAGUAAUAGUGCAGGGACAUCCCUUUUUGGAUCUUCCAGUGCUCAACAAACGAAGAGCAAUGGAACUGCUGGAGGAAAUACAUUUGGUUCUUCAUCCUUAUUCAAUAACAGUACUAAUAGCAAUACGACAAAACCUGCGUUCGGCGGUUUGAAUUUUGGCGGCGGCAAUAACACAACUCCUAGCUCGACCGGUAAUGCUAACACAAGUAAUAACUUAUUUGGCGCUACCGCAAAUGCGAAUAAGCCAGCCUUUUCCUUUGGUGCAACCACUAACGACGAUAAAAAAACAGAACCAGACAAGCCUGCUUUCUCCUUUAAUUCAAGUGUCGGUAAUAAGACAGACGCUCAAGCUCCCACUACAGGAUUUUCCUUUGGUUCACAACUAGGUGGAAACAAAACGGUUAACGAGGCUGCAAAGCCUUCCCUUUCAUUUGGUUCAGGAUCAGCUGGUGCUAACCCAGCUGGAGCUUCGCAACCCGAACCUACAACUAAUGAACCAGCAAAACCAGCCCUCUCUUUUGGUACUGCAACAUCCGACAAUAAGACAACUAACACAACCCCAAGUUUUUCGUUUGGUGCUAAAUCGGAUGAAAAUAAAGCUGGUGCUACUUCUAAGCCUGCCUUCUCAUUCGGUGCUAAGCCAGAAGAAAAGAAGGAUGAUAAUUCCUCAAAACCAGCUUUCUCAUUUGGUGCCAAAUCAAAUGAAGACAAGCAAGAUGGAACGGCUAAGCCAGCAUUUUCCUUUGGUGCCAAGCCCGCGGAGAAGAAUAACAAUGAAACCUCCAAGCCGGCAUUCUCUUUUGGAGCAAAGUCUGAUGAGAAAAAGGAUGGUGAUGCCUCUAAACCUGCCUUCUCUUUUGGCGCUAAACCGGAUGAAAAUAAAGCUAGUGCUACUUCUAAGCCUGCCUUCUCAUUCGGCGCUAAGCCAGAAGAAAAGAAGGAUGAUAAUUCCUCAAAACCAGCUUUCUCAUUUGGUGCCAAAUCAAAUGAAGACAAGCAAGAUGGAACGGCUAAGCCAGCAUUUUCCUUUGGUGCCAAGCCCGCGGAAAAGAAUAACAAUGAAACUUCCAAGCCGGCAUUCUCUUUUGGAGCAAAGUCCGAUGAGAAAAAGGAUGGCGAUGCCUCUAAACCUGCCUUCUCAUUUGGUGCUAAAUCGGAUGAAAAAAAGGACAGUGAUUCUUCGAAGCCUGCCUUCUCAUUUGGUACUAAAUCGAAUGAAAAAAAGGACAGUGGUUCUUCGAAGCCUGCCUUCUCAUUCGGUGCUAAACCCGAUGAAAAGAAGAAUGAUGAAGUCUCCAAGCCUGCCUUCUCAUUCGGAGCAAAGGCUAACGAAAAGAAAGAAAGUGAUGAAUCAAAAUCAGCCUUUUCAUUUGGUUCUAAGCCUACAGGAAAGGAGGAAGGCGAUGGGGCGAAGGCUGCCAUUUCCUUUGGUGCUAAACCCGAAGAACAGAAAUCCAGUGAUACGAGCAAGCCAGCGUUUACUUUUGGUGCUCAAAAAGAUAAUGAGAAGAAAACAGAGGAAUCUUCUACGGGGAAGUCAACCGCAGAUGUCAAAUCAAGUGAUAGCUUGAAAUUAAAUUCUAAACCAGUAGAAUUGAAGCCAGUUUCUCUCGACAAUAAAACACUGGACGAUUUAGUAACGAAAUGGACUAACCAACUAACAGAAUCGGCCUCUCAUUUUGAACAGUAUACCAAAAAAAUUAAUAGUUGGGAUCAGGUACUAGUGAAAGGAGGUGAACAAAUUAGUCAGUUAUACUCAGAUGCUGUGAUGGCGGAACAUAGUCAAAACAAAAUAGAUCAAUCUCUACAAUAUAUCGAGAGGCAACAGGAUGAAUUAGAAAACUUCUUAGACAAUUUUGAAACCAAGACAGAGGCACUUCUGUCCGAUGUUGUGUCUACAAGUUCAGGUGCUGCGGCCAACAAUAAUGACCAAAAAAGACAACAGGCCUAUAAGACAGCCCAGACUUUGGACGAAAAUUUAAACUCGUUGUCAUCCAAUCUUUCUUCUCUAAUAGUAGAAAUCAACAAUGUUAGUAAUACAUUCAACAAAACCACUAACAUCGAUAUAAACAAUGAAGACGAAAAUAUUCAACUAAUCAAAAUCUUGAAUUCACAUUUCGACGCUUUAAGGUCACUAGACGAUAACUCCACCUCUCUGGAAAAACAAAUCAACUCGAUAAAGAAAUGA